AUGGAGUCUCCGAAUCACCAGCCCCAGGCACACCCGACAGAAGGUGUCGCCGAUGCCCCGCGCACCUCAGUGCCCGCCACGCCCGCCGAACCCCCACCAGCGCCGCGUCCUCAACCGAUAGACCCUUCCGCGCCUCUGCCGCGACCCCAACCUCAGCCGACAACGCAAACGCAGACUGUCGUGCCUCCUACCGUACGGCAGUCAUCAGUCACCAUUGCCUCACCUGGCAAGCGACGGAACUCCCAAGACCCCGCCAUCGCGCAAGCGAGCGCAUCCGGCGCCGGCGAAUCUUCGAGCGCGGCUAAGCGCCCCAAGCCAACAGCUGGGCCGGCCAAGGUACUGCCACUGCGGUAUGAGCUGUGCGGUGUCGAGGAUAUGGUUGUUUUGAUAUCACACAUGCUAUCUGAACUCAUCGAGACCAAUGACGCCCUGGCUCUUCGCUCUGGCAGCCUGACUCGGUUCCACUCGAGGACGACACCGAGCAUUUCUGUACUUGACUACCUGAACAGACUAGCGAAACACGCGACACUGACACCGCCGCUGCUGCUGUCCAUGGUCUACUACAUUGAUCGACUAUGUGCCUUAUAUCCAGAAUUCACCAUCAACACGCUCACUGUACAUCGCUUCCUGAUUACGGCGGCCACAGUCGCGGCCAAGGGCUUAUCGGACUUGUUCUGGAACAACACUACAUAUGCGCGAGUGGGAGGCGUUAGGGUAGCCGAACUCAAGCUGCUGGAACUAGAGUUUCUGUACAGGGUAGACUGGAAGAUCGUCCCUAACCCCGAAGUACUCGUCGCAUACUAUCGGGGCCUAGUUGAACGCUGCCCCGGGUAUGCUCUGCAGGAUGAGGAUGCGGUCGUCGAGGAUGAAGACUCUGACGAGGUUGACGACGAGGAUGGGUCGACCGAAAUUUCAGAUGGCGGCGGUGACGACAGUGGGGACUCGCCCGAUGAUGAGAGCCCCGCGAAGUCGCCGCCACCUGACGCAGCAGGUGCGGCAUCAUAA